ACUCAACAAGAACGCCACUCUCCACCCAUCUCCGUCAAGAGCCGUUUAAGGGGAGUCUCGCUCACAGUCCCGGCUCCGCGGUGCUCUCUGACGAACACGUCGGGGUUCAGGAAAUACUCGGACUCUUUUCUACACAGCUGGUGUUAAUCAGGACCCCAGCACGCGGACACGGACGAGCCCGCCGGAGACUAGCUGUCGAGCAGCGGUGGACGCUUCAGGAGUUUGGAUUAACUCGAUUGUUUGUCGCUGACGGGAACACAAAAGCCCGUUCACGGAGCUUUACCGUGUUCAACACACACUCGGUUAUCGGAUGGACCAGCAUCCCAGUGCUCAGAGCUGCACCAGUCGUGGGGCUUCGUCCUGCGAGAGCAUCCUCACAGAACCCUCCAUGAAUCUUUACAUCCACUCCACCACUGGCACACGCUUCGAGCUUUCUCUGCCCCAAGAGGAGACAGUGGAGGGACUAAAAAAGAGGCUGUCGCAAAGACUUAAAGUAGCAAAAGACAAACUGGCUGUGCUUCACAAAGAAACGCGACUAAGUUCAGGCAAGCUCCAGGACCUAGGCAUCUCUGAUGGGAGCAAGCUAACACUUGUACCAACAGUUGAAGCAGGAUUAAUGUCUCAAGCAUCAAGACCAGAACAAUCAGUAAUGCAAGCCUUGGAGAGUCUAACAGAAAUUCAGGUUAGUGACUUUCUGUCUGGCCGCUCUCCCCUAACCCUGGCUCUGCGUGUGGGUGAUCACAUGAUGUUUGUCCAGCUUCAGUUGGCAGCCCAACAGUCUGGUGGUUCUCAGCUUCAUAAUAGGCAUCUCAUUACUCGAGGAGGAACAGAAGCCACCAUGGGACAGCCUACGGGACAGCCUCGUGUGCCCCACAUUCAUCCGCAAUCCCACCCUCACCAUCCACACAAUAAGCCCAGCCCACUCUUAUCUCGGCCUCAUUGUGUCCCCUCCUCCCCAUCUCACAGAGGCCCUCCUUCCUCUCCUCAGCCCUCCACACAGCAGCAGCCCGUGCCUUCCAUGUAUCACCAUUCGCCCUCCUCAGCUCCCAGUAGUACCCCUAUAUCUUCACCCAACCCUUCUUGCUCAUCCCACACCCCAGGUAGUUUUUUCCGUUCUUCUGCUCACUGUCAUCACCAUCACAAUCAUCAUCACCAACACCACCACCAUUACCACCAGCUCGCCUCAACUCUACCAAGCCAGGAUCUUGGCCAGGCAAACUGCAGCACAAACGGCUCUAACGCUGGCACUUGUAUCUCUCAACACUCCCGUAAACCUGGUGCCAUCAUUGAGAGCUUUGUUAACCAUGCUCCCGGGGUCUUCUCAGGGACUUUUUCAGGCACUUUGCAUCCAAAUUGCCAGGACAGCAAUGGGCGUCCAAGACGAGAUAUUGGGACCAUUUUGCAGAUCCUAAAUGACCUCUUAAGUGCCACACGGCAUUACCAGGGCAUGCCCCCCUCCUUCACCCAGCUACGUUACCAGACCCAGUUCGGUCCAUCCUCCUCCCCAUCCCCCUCACCUCCGCCAUCACCUCCAGCUGCUGGUGCUACAGGCCUCUCUCAUAAAGUUACCUCCGUACCUGCUGGUAACCCCAGCAGUCCUCCUUUGACUCUUCACCCGCUGGUGCAGUGCCAGAGCCAGAUCCACAUGUGCAAACCAGGUGAUCGCAUACGUCAGACUGAGAACCGAGCAACUCGCUGUAAGGUAGAGCGUCUGCAGCUGUUGAUGCAACAGAAGCGUCUGCGCAGAAAGGCUCGACGAGACCAACGCUCGCCGUACCAGUGGCUGCCCAACCGCAGGUCUGGAAGGAGCAACAGCAACAGCAGCAUGUCCAGUGAGGGCUCCCUGGACCUGGACUUUGACGAUUCAGUGUGGAAGCACGACGUGAAGGCAGACUUGAACUCCGAGUAUGUCAUGGCCUGAGCUGUGAGCGCCCCAUUACGAUUAAGAGAUGUGCAAAACAUUUCCUUGGAGUCACUUGGAGUGUGGAUGGAGAGACUGGAAGAGGGAACACUGCAAAUAUGAAUGAAAGGCUGUCAUGGUGACCCUCAUCUGCCACAUCGGGAAUAAAAGCUUCUUAAGGACUUUAAUCCUUCCUCUUAUAAAUAGCUGACAAUGUGGAGAGCAGAAUCCUUUGACACGAUACUUGGACUCAGCCAGUAAAUGGACUCUGCAGUGUAGAAAACCUUUGGCAUUUGAUGGCAGUUACCAUACCUGUGCUUGAGCAUAAACAUGUGGGGUGGUGGUGGGAUUUUUAGUGGGGUUUUUUGUUUGUUUUGUUUUCUACUGCACUCUGAGCAGACAUGAAUCGAUCCAGAUUGAACAUGUGAAGAGUUCAGGAUCACCAGAAACUUUGGAACAAGCCAGAGGUCAUUCUGGUUGGUCUCAAAAGUCCCCAACCAGAGAGCAGUAAUGGGCGGGGCGGGGGGGGGUAAACCUUUUCUUUUCCACUUAAGACAAAUGUUUAUAUUUUGUAAGCAAAACAUAAUAUGUAGCAUUGUUCACAGAGCAUUCAGGUUUGCAUACAACAAUUCAGAGUAGUUGCAUAUUUCUUUGAUUUACAACAGCUGGUCAAAAUGUACAACAGGAAGUGAGGCCUUGGGGGGGGGAUAAGUAACCACGAUGAUUAUGGAUCAUUAAUCACAGAUGAUACAACAUGAUUAAUGAAUAAAUAAAAUGAUUAUUAACAGCAAGUGCUUUAAAGGAUUUUAAAAUGUAUUUUAAAAUCAGUCUAUUUUUGUUUCUCUUCCUUUUCUAAAACAGCAGCCCUCCCUCUGUGGUUUAGUCAACUUGUUCUACCAGGAAUGAUGCGCAUCCAUUGAAUCAUCUGCUCAUUUGUGGACUGUUUGGUUUCAAACACAAGAAAAUGAUACUCCAGGAUUCUCGUCAUCCAGCCAGCGCGAUUAACUUUUAGAAUGUGACAACUAGCAAAGUGAAAGUGUGUAUGUUUGACUAUAUAGUCUAUUUAUUUGAAAUAAUUGUUCAUGUUUUUAGUUCCUCAAACGGUGAAGCUAAGCUACAGUAAAGGAACAGGUGACUCUUUCAUGCAGUUUCAGGACAAAGUCAUAAUUCUUCAAGACAAUCUGGCCACAGAGAAAAAAUAUGGCGUCCGAAAAUUAAUAGCUGGAAGCCCCUCCCCCUGCUGGAGCCAGCCACAAAAAACGCUAUUUGCGUCUGGAGCCCCCCCGUUUGAAGCUUUCCACUUUUUUCUCGUUUCUUUAUUUUUCUGACCCCUUUUUCCUUUUUUUUCUCUGAGCCACUCUGUCACCGAUUAAAAAAAAAGCCUUUCUCCGGCUUUUUCUCCGGAGGUAGACGGGUGUAAUUCUACAAAUGUGAACACUUGUUAAUAUUGACUUGAAAGAAAUGAAACGAUUAACGUUCUCUGUCCCAUUUGAAGCUCAUCUAGAAUCUACACACUUAACAUUUAGACAGUUACAGUUUAUCAUCAUUUAACCCUUUAACUACCCAAAAUUUAAAAAUAAAAACACCAAAACGUUUUUUUUUUUCUGCUGCUGCUUUUUUGCUUUGGUACAGAACCCCUAAAGGGACAUCAAAGUUUAAUAAAAAAGAAAAUUGAACUAAAAAAAGUUUUUUCUAAAAAUACUUAGGGGCUCUGUAAAAAAAAAUUGAAGUAAUAAAAGCAAGUUCUGGUGACUAACCAGAACUAGUUUUUCUAAAACUUAAAGUAGUUAAAUAUGGUUAGUAACUGAUGCACACCAGAUAGUAACUGUAUUAUUAUUUUUUUCCUAAAAUUGAAUUAAAAAAUGUUCUGGGUACCAAGUGUGAUGCACACCAAUUACUUACCAGAAUUCUUUUUUUAUUUCAUUUUUUGUAAAAAAACAAAAUCAAAUUACUUCAAUUUGUUUUCCUUUAAUUUCCCUUUAGGGGCUCCGUACUUUAGGGAGCAAUACACACAAUAUUUUAAAAAACAUGUUUUCUAAAUGUUUCCCACUGUUUGGUUGAGCUGGCAGUUAAAGGGUUAAAAGCUCAUAGUUCUGAAAAGUUUUUAAAAUAUAUUUGAAAGGGUUUCCAUAAGUUUAGGAAAUUGCCGCUUACGCAACCGACUAAAGUUCCAAAAUCCCUGCUUCCUGCUAGAGAUUGUUCCUGGCGCCAUCUUUCAUGUGACCAGAGGAUCCUCCAACUUUUGGCCUUUUUUAAAGUUCACCCCUGUCACAGGUCAUACGAAUGAUUUUAUUUUAUUUUUGUACCUUUUUCUUGCAUCAUUAUUUAGUGCCUCCACCAGAACAUCUAUGAACAUAUCAGGUUUGGCCUUCCACGACUUUGCUGCUAUAAACUUAGGAGCCUAAAGCAGGAGAGGUUUUGUUUGCAUGCAGAGGGAUAAAUUACACUGAUCUAUUUUCUAUUGAUGAAAGAAAAAAUAGAAUUUUGUGCUUUGAGGAAAAAAAACAACAAAAAAAAAAACGUAAAAACUUGCAUGAAUUUGUGAAGAAAAUGAAGUGCUGCUUUUGUUAGUUAGAAUUUUUUUGUAACUUUUAGUGUCAACACAACAAUCUAAAUGAUUACCACUCAAAGAAGACAGAGGGAGUGUGGGCUCAGCACUGAACAUUCCUGUUGUAGGAUAAAAAUACUCAGAUCGAGCAAAUGACUCUUCUGGCUUCAUCCCCAGUAGUUCACAAAGAUCCAGACAGCUGAGAAAAUGUUCAUCCCAGCGUCGUCCUCCCAGCCUGAACCCAAACCCCGGUCCGUUCUGGGACCCACAGACCUGUCUAUCAGACUCACCCAUGAACAUACCUGGUGUGAUUCUUGAUCCGUCUGUCUGACUGAACACCCAGCCGUAUACCAUUGUACUCCCAGUGAUUGCAGUGAGAUUAUUCUUUUGGUGAACCUAUUCUUUAUUCUGUUUUUUUUUUCAAGUGGCCUUAUGUUUCACAAAAAGCAAAAAUUGCAGACAAUGGAAUGGGAUGUUUUUUUUUGACAUGUUUUGUGUCAGUCAGACUUCUCAUGCUGCGACUUUGGUCACUGAGGACACUGGGCAUUUGAUGUGACUUUCCUGGUGGACUCUGUAUAUGUCCAGGUCUCUGUUGUGUGUGUGAAGAUGUUGCCCUCGGUGUCAGAUUGAUCUUUUUUGGUUGGUAAAGGAUCUUUUAGGGAAUCACGUUGUAAAAGUAGUUUGUAUUCCUCAAAUGUAGUUUAUUUGUUCCCCAUUUUGUCAUUGUGUUUCCAUGGUUGUUGGUGAUGCUAACAUCUCUCUUUGACUUCCAGCUAACAAGCUACAAAAAGUUAAAGCCUAUUAUGUAAAGGGUGGAGAUUUAGGCAACUGUCAGGUGGACAGAAAAGAUUCUGAGGACUUGGGACGACAUGCACUUCCUCUUUCCUUGAUAACAUUGGAAUCAAAGGACAAUUCGACGCCUGUCUCUCACAUAUUCUUGUGUGUAUAAACGUUACUGUGUGCCUCACAUUAUGGGUGAAACUCAAAAUAAGAAACAAAACAGGACAAAAGCCUUACAGAAAAGAUACAAUAUGGAAUUCUGAUCACGUUAUUUAAGUCGCCUGUUUUUUCUUGUAGCCAACAAUUAAAAAUAAAUUAAAAAAAAUGGAAAUUACAAUGUACUUGCUCUUGACCAGUGUAGCACAUGUGUGACUGUAUGAAUUUAUGAAACCAAAAUGUAACUGUGAAUUCUUUUGUUUUGGUCAGAGCAAAAGCUGUGGGCAUGCAGCAGCUGAUGCUCAAGUCCCACUUUUGUUUUUUUUUCUUUGGGUGGAAUAUAAUGGAAACUACAAGUUUCCCCAAAACAAGAACAAAAAAAGACAUUUUUUUUCUCAAGCAAUACAUUUCUUUGUGACUUGUGAUAUAUUUUUUUCCUUUUUUAGGUAAUAAAUAAAAACAAAAUGAUUACA